AUGGCCGACAAAGAUUUUGUCGAUGUUAAAGCUCUGUUGAGUCAACUGACUCUCGGUGAGAAGGUGGAACUCCUUGCUGGUCAAGGCUCGUUUCGCAUGACUGGCCUCGACCAUCAUGGCAUUCCUGGUCUUAUUACUUCAGAUGGACCUCAUGGAAUACGGGGCCGACGAUCAUUCACACGCAUGCCCAGUCCCAUGCUACCAUCCGCUACAGGAAUGGGUGCAACUUUCAACACUGAGCUCCUUCACAAGAUUGGUAGUCUCCUAGGUGAAGAAGCGAAGUAUCGUGGCGUUCAUGUACUGUUGGCACCUACCCUUUGCCUUCAGCGCUCACCCUUGAUCGGACGCGGUUUCGAGGCAUUCGGAGAGGACCCUUUUCUCAGCGGUACUCUGGGCGCACACUAUAUCAACGGUGUUCAAGAACAGGGCGUUGGAACAAGUGUGAAGCACUAUGCGGCCCACGAUCAAUCCGAUAACAGCAUUGAGGAUAACGUGGUCAUGACGGAAAGAACUCUCAGAGAGGUGCACAUGCUGCCAUUCCAACUUGCACUUCGAGGUUCCGACCCUUGGACGAUCAUGACUUCAUAUAACAAGAUCAACGGUGUUCAUGUAAGCGAAGACCCUUUGUUGAUGAAGGAAAUUCUUCGUGAAGAGUGGGGAUACAAGGGUCUCGUUAUGAGUGACUGGUUCGGUACUUACAGCACUUCAGAGGCUAUCAACGCCGGUUUGGAUCUCGAGAUGCCCGGACCAACAGACUGGAGAGGAACGCGCCUCAGUAUUGCCGUCAACUCUCGAAAGGUCUCCAAAGCAACGAUUGACCAAUCUGUUGAGAAUGUCUUGAAUCUCGUCAACAAAGUCAAGGCCGGGGAGGUUUCUGGAAAGUCACCUCAGUCGGACACUCCGGAACAACGAGCCUUGAUUCGACAGCUCGUCGCUGAGUCAAUCGUACUUCUGAAGAACGAAAAGGGAAGAUUGCCGAUCAAGAAUCCUGAGAAACUAAAGUAUGGACUUAUCGGAGAUCAUGUCAAGAACCCUUCGCUGUGUGGAGGUGGAAGUGCUGAAGUCGAGCCUUAUUAUGGUAUUACUCCAUAUGAAGCUAUCAAGGAGGUUGUUGGGGAAGAGAACAUCACUUACACACCGGGAUGUAACUCUUUCCGAUUUAGUCCGCUUAUCAAGGGCCACAAGACCCCAGAUGGCAAGACGGAGGGUUGGCAUGUUGAGAUCUUUGGAGAGGACCCAGAGAAAAACAAGGACGCUGAGGCGAUUGUCUCAACCAUCGCAGAGAAGCAGCUAGUUGAUGUGCCUGAAAGCUACCACUCAAUUAUUCCUGCCAAAUACUACGUCAAGGCUCAAGCUAAGUACACGAUCCAAGAAUCUGGAAGACUCAAGUUUGGUUUCAGUACUUGUGGCAAGGGUAAACUGUGUAUCGACGGAAAGGAUGUCAUUGAUCUAUGGGCGAGUCAGCCACCCAAAACAGACUCAACACCAUGCUUCAAUCGUCUUUCUAUGGAGAGAUUCUACGAAGGAGAGUUCCAGAAGGGUCAAGUUCUUGACCUUCAAGUAAUUCAGGUCAACGAGAACUUAUCCGGCGGCGUCGGUACUGCACUGACACUCACUGGACGUGUUGGUAUCUAUGAGCUCUAUGAUGAGGACCAAGGCAUCAAAGACGCUAUCGAGCUGGCCAAGAACGUCGAUGUCCCUAUUGUCAUUACUGGACUAUCAUCAGACUUUGAGUACGAAGGAAGCGACCGAAAACACUUGAACUUGCCAGGCCGAGUUGACGAAUUGAUUGGAGCUGUUUUACAGGCCAACCCUAAUGCUAUCAUCAUUACCCAAUCGGGACUACCCAUCGAGAUGCCAUGGGAGUCGCAGGCUUCGACACUUUUGCACGCUUGGUUCGGUGGCCAGGAAUGCGGUCAUGGAAUGGCCGACGUCCUCUUCGGCAAAGCCAACCCAUCUGGACGAUUAUCCCUGACAUUCCCUAAGUCCAUCAAGCACACACCAGCUUAUCUUACCUUUUCCAAGGCUGAUUAUGAUAUUGUGUAUGGCGAAGGAGUCUUCAUCGGACAUCGAUACUACGAAAUGGUCGAUCGAGAGCCGCUCUUCUACUUCGGCCACGGAUUGUCAUACUCAAAAUUCGUUUACUCCAAUCUCACGGUCCCUAAGGAAUUUGAGUCUUCUGUUGACCAUGAGAUGCGAGUCAGUGUCGAUAUUAAGAAUCAGGGACCAUUUUCUGGAGCUGAGGUUGUGCAGCUGUAUAUCCACCAUGCCAACCCUUCCCUUCAGCGGCCGGUUAGGGAGCUGAAGGCGUUCAACAAAGCAUACCUGGAUGUAGAUGAAACCAAGACCGUUGAUUUGGUACUUGACAAAUACUCUUUGUCCUUCUGGUGUCAGGAAGCAUCCAAGUGGAAGGCCGAGGCUGGAACCUACACAAUUAUCCUUGCCUCAAGCUCGAAUCCCAGGGACGAAAUUGCGCGAGAACGCUUUGUGCUUCCCGAAACCUUCUUUUGGAAGGGCUUGUGA